ACAGGACUGAGGGUUGGGGGGGGGGGGUGAGGGCCACCUGCCGGCAGCUCCGGCCUGCCCCUUGGCCCGCACCGAGCCUGGCUGGGUACGUGGCCCUCCCCAGCAUCCCAGUUUCUAGGCCCCUCGUCCUGCCCUGCAGAGCGGAAGUGGGAGGUCGUUGUCUGCGGUCCACACGGUGGGGAUCCGGAUGGCUGCCGUGCGGAUCCGGGAGGCCGAGGAGGGAGACUGCGGGGACGUCCUGAGGCUCAUUCGGGAACUGGCCGAGUACGAGAAGCUCUCGGAGCAGGUGACCAUCAGUGAGGAAGGCCUGAGGGCAGAUGGCUUUGGAGAGAAUCCUUUCUAUCACUGUUUGGUAGCCGAGAUUCUUCCGGCACCUGGUGAUCCCCAGGGGCCCCGCAUUGUGGGCUACGGACUGUACUGCUUCGUCUACAGCACGUGGAAGGGCCGCAACAUUUAUCUGGAAGACAUCUAUGUGAUGCCAGAAUAUCGGGGUCAAGGGAUUGGUUCCAAAAUAAUCAAGAAGGUGGCUGAGGUGGCCUUGGAUCAGGGUUGUUCCCAGUUCCGUCUGGCAGUUCUGGAGUGGAACAAGAGGGCCAUAGACUUGUACAAGGCCCUAGGAACCCGAGAUCUGACCCAGGAGGAGGGCUGGCAUGCCUUCCGCUUUGAAGGAGAAGCAAUGGAAAAGUUGGCAGGCAGGUGAUGCCUCUCCUUGGGGACCUUUCUCCACUGCAGCAUCUCUGCCCCCCUCUGCUCGGGCAGUGCUGAGACACUGACCACAAGCCUCUGGCAGAAAGGUUCCUGCAGGACAAAGAGCACAACUGAGAGAGAGGUCUUACGGACGGUGAAAAAUAAAUCAGAAUUAACUGUG